AUGACGAACGUGGCAGCAGGAAACCAUUCCACAGUCACCGAGUUUUAUUUGGUUGGACUCUCAGAGAAGCCAGAAUUCCAGAUGCCCCUCUUCUUCCUUUUUAUUGGAAUCUGUGCGGUCACUGUAACAGGGAAUCUGGGCAUGAUCACACUGAUAGGGCUAAGUUCCCACCUGCACAACCCCAUGUACUACUUCCUCAGCAGUCUGUCCUUCAUUGAUUUCUGUCAGUCCACUGUUGUUACUACUAAAAUGCUGGUGAGCUUUUUGUCAGAGAAGAACCUCAUCUCUUACUCUGGAUGCAUGACUCAGCUCUAUUUCAUUAUCUUCUUUGGCAUUGCAGAAUGUUACACACUAGCUGCAAUGGCAUAUGACAGAUAUGUUGCUAUCUUCAACCCAUUGCUUUACAGGGUAAUCAUAUCCUAUAAGAUUUACAGCCCUUUAAUUUCAGGAGUGUAUAUUUUUAGUGUGUUCUGUGCAUCAGUUCACAUAGGCUUCAUGACUAGGAUUUGGUUUUGUAAAUUAGAUGUGAUCAACCAUUAUUUCUGUGGUCUUCUUCCAAUCUUGAAGCUUGCAUGCUCUAAUAUCUAUAUCGAUGAAUUGUUGAUUCUUUUCUUUGGUACAUUGAACAUCUCUCUCCCAAUUCUCACCACUAUUUCUUCUUACAUCUCCAUUAUUGCCAGCAUCCUCAGGAGUAAAUCCACAGAAGGCAGGUCCAAAGCCUUCAGCACGUGCAGUUCCCACAUCUCUGCUGUUGCUUUCUUCUUUGGUUCUGCUGCAUUCAUGUACUUACAGUCAUCAUCAGUCAGCUCACUGGACCAAGGAAAAGUGUCAUCUGUGUUUUAUACUACUGUUGUUCCCAUGCUGAACCCAUUGAUUUACAGCCUGAGGAAUAAGGAUGUCAAUAUUGCCUUGAAUAAAAUAUUUGAAAGAAAAAUAUUUAAGUAG